AUGGCGAAAGUACCAAGAAACUUUAGAUUGCUAGAGGAGUUAGAGAAGGGUGAAAAGGGUCUUGGAGCUGACGCUUGCUCUUAUGGUCUGACAGACGGCGACGAUUUGUAUAUGUCCAACUGGAAUGGCACGAUUCUUGGUCCUCCACACAGCGUCCAUGAGAAUCGCAUCUACUCUCUUACCAUGCAUUGUGGAGAGAACUAUCCCGAUGUUCCACCAACCAUCAAGUUCACUAACAAGAUCAACCUUCCCGGUGUCCAAGAUGAUGGCAAGGUCGACCCUUCGAAGUUUGCAUGCCUUGCGAACUGGCAACGCCACAAUACGAUGGAGACUGUCUUGACCGAGUUGAGAAAGUACAUGGCAUCUCCUACCAACAAGAAACUCCCUCAACCACAAGAGGGCUCUACAUACGAAUAA